UACAAAAAAUUAAAAAAUAUAGAAGAGAGAGAAGAACUCCAAGGUACAAUCUCUGAUGCACACGGCUCAACCUAACGUUGUCUUAUACUUCCAAUAAUUCCCAAAACAUAAUUGCACUGGAAUAAACAGAAUACAAGGUUUUGUGAGAUAGAUACAAAAAUGUCGGACGAGGAGCACCAUUUCGAGUCAAAGGCAGAUGCCGGAGCCUCCAAGACCUACCCACAGCAAGCUGGAACCAUCCGCAAGAAUGGUUACAUCGUCAUCAAAGGCCGCCCUUGCAAGGUGGUUGAAGUUUCAACAUCAAAAACUGGCAAGCAUGGUCAUGCUAAAUGCCACUUUGUUGCCAUUGAUAUAUUCACUGCUAAGAAGCUGGAAGAUAUUGUCCCAUCUUCCCAUAACUGUGAUGUUCCACAUGUCAAUCGUACUGACUACCAGCUUAUUGAUAUUUCUGAGGAUGGAUUUGUGAGUUUGCUGACUGAAAAUGGCAACACCAAGGAUGAUCUGAGGCUGCCAACUGAUGACAACCUUCUAACCCAGAUCAAGGAUGGUUUUGCUGAGGGGAAGGACCUGGUCGUGAGUGUGAUGUCUGCAAUGGGAGAAGAGCAGAUAUGUGGUCUCAAGGAUAUUGGCCCCAAGUAGUUGGCUUUCGUUCUGCAAACUGCUUUUACGAUGACAACCAAAAGCUAUAUUAUAGAACUAUUUUACCAUCUUUUAUAUUUUCAACCCCGUUAUGCCAAGUUUGUUUGGCGACUGUGUAAGGGUCUCUGGAUUCUUAGACAAAAACCUUGUGUCUGGCAUCCUAGUAUGCUAUGGAUUUUACUGGCUUUAAACUUAUCUACCUUUAUAUGCUUCAAUGGAUAUCUAAUGUUAUGCUCUGGAAACUUAAAGACACUCUUCUAUGUCAUGUCGUACAUUCACUUUA